UAUUAUUAGGAUAAUACUUUUCAAAUCGUUUAGUCUAUCAACACCUACAGUAAACGUAACAACUGGUCAUACAGAUUCUCUUAAUAAUAUUUCGUUUAUAUAUCAAUUAGUUCAAUUACUAUAAAGACUUUACAUUAAAAAAAAAAAAUAAUAGUUAUUAUAAGCGCGCAAAAUUUAAAAUUUACAAAUAUAUAUAUAUAAAAACAUAUAUAUAUAUAUACACAUAAAGUGUUUGUUUGAUGUUGUGAUGACACAUUAUUUGGAAGAAACAUCUCACCACAUGGUUUUAAAUCACGAGUAUCAGCCGAAACCGCUCAAUAUGGAUACUAAGAUUCAAGAUCAAAAUAAAGGGUCCUUUUGUAUAGAUGCUUUAUUAUCGAGAGAAGACCGUCCAACAUCUCCGGAUACGUCUCGGAGUAUUUCGCCGACGUCUACCAGAAGUACCAGUCCGCCGAUUUCGCCAGGUAGCGAAGAAAUUCCGCCGAAUCCGUUUGUCCCAAGACCCGGUCUUCUCAAUCAAAUCUAUCCGAAUAGUGGAGCGUUUUAUGGAUACCCACAAAGUCAAGGAUCUGCGUUUCAUAGUAUCGACGGAAGUAUGGUACAAAAAGUCCAAUUACCGGUUGGUCAUCACAAUCAUAAUCAACUUCAACAAAUGCAACUUGAAUGGUUAGCGAGAACGACCGGGAUGUUUUACCCAAGAUUACCAGAUUUAACAGGGUGCGGACCGGGUCAUGCUCUUUUGGGAAAAACUAGACGACCCAGAACGGCGUUUACAUCUCAACAACUGUUGGAACUUGAAAAACAAUUUAGACAGAAUAAAUAUUUAUCAAGACCGAAGAGGUUUGAAGUUGCAACAAGCUUAAUGUUGACAGAAACUCAGGUUAAAAUAUGGUUCCAAAAUCGACGGAUGAAAUGGAAACGUAGCAAAAAGGCUCAACAGGAAGCGAAAAGCUCCAAAGAUUCCGAUUUGAACUCAAAAUGCCAAUCGCCAUCGUCCAGUUCGAAUCAACAGCAAUCCACAAAAUCGAGUCCAAGUCAAGAUUCGCCAAAUUCAGCUCAAAGUCAUUCGUUGGAGAAUCAAAAUAGCGUUCGGAAAAUUCCAGAUGCUGAACCUUUAUAUAGGCCGUACGUGGUAUAAAUGUAAUUUGUAGCUCAAUAAAUUAUUUCCGAAAUUAUGAAAUAAACGUAUAGUGUAUAAAUCAUGUAUGUCUAAUAUGAUUGAUUGAAAAAAUUAAGUGUGUACAUAUUAAUUAAUAGAUAAGGGGUAGUUGUUGAGAGGAAAAUUAAAAAAUAAAUUAACGAAGAAGAAGGUUAUAAUCGUUUCGUUAUAGAAAUGUUAACCCUACUUCUUUUUUCUUUUAAUUAUAUUUAUACAUAACUUGUCUUCAAAAGUAUUCUCGAUCUCUUGUAAUUUAUUAAUUUAUUUUUUUAUUAUAUUUUUAUAUUGUAUGUACAUUUUAUUCAGUUUGAAAUAGGUCCUAAUAAGCGACGUGUUUGUACAUAAUUUAAAGUUCCUAAACGAAUAACGCUGUAAGAUAUAAUUGUAAGUUUUAAAACUGAAAUAAAUAAUU